AUGGCACGAGCUCCCUCGUUGCACGCGUAUGUUUUCGUCCGACAGCUGUCUCUUCGCCAUUGGCCAGUCCAGUCGGAUUUAGAUGACGUGUCGCCAGCGUGUCCUGUUCCGGAUUUCACGGGACUGGGCGGGGAGAUUCGUCUCCUUCGGCUUCAGGAGCUGUCCGGUUUCCCGGCAGGUGCAGCUUCUGGGCGGCCGCUGCUGGUGUAUCUGCCAGGAAUGGACGGCACCGGGCAGUGCCUGCAGCCCCAAAUCAAAUCUCUGACACGUGCUGGCUUCGACAUCCGCGCCCUCUACAUCCCCAUGUCCGACCGCUCCACGUGGCGGCAGCUGGUUCGCCGAGUCGCACUGCUCAUACAGCAGGCAACCAAUGAGGAGGACGCCGAGGAGCGGGGGGCCAUGAGAUGCCUUUCCUCCUCCGCUGCCUGCCUUUCCUCCUCCGCUGCCUGCCUUUCCUCCUCCGCUGCCUGCCUUUCCUCCUCCGCUGCCUGCCUUUACUCCUCCGCUGCCUGCCUUUCCUCCUCCGCUGCCUGCCUUUCCUCCUCCGCUGCCUGCCUUUCCUCCUCCGCUGCCUGCCUUUCCUCCUCCGCUGCCUGCCUUUCCUCCUCCGCUGCCUGCCUUUCCUCCUCCGCUGCCUGCCUUUACUCCUCCGCUGCCUGCCUUUCCUCCUCCGCUGCCUGCCUUUCCUCCUCCGCUGCCUGCCUUUCCUCCUCCGCUGCCUGCCUUUCCUCCUCCGCUGCCUGCCUUUCCUCCUCCGCUGCCUGCCUUUCCUCCUCCGCUGCCUGCCUUUACUCCUCCGCUGCCUGCCUUUCCUCCUCCUCUGCCUGCCUUUCCUCCUCCGCUGCCUGCCUUUCCUCCUCCGCUGCCUGCCUUUCCUCCUCCGCUGCCUGCCUUUCCUCCUCCGCUGCCUGCCUUUCCUCCUCCGCUGCCUGCCUUUCCUCCUCCGCUGCCUGCCUUUACUCCUCCGCUGCCUGCCUUUCCUCCUCCGCUGCCUGCCUUUCCUCCUCCGCUGCCUGCCUUUCCUCCUCCGCUGCCUGCCUUUCCUCCUCCGCUGCCUGCCUUUCCUCCUCCGCUGCCUGCCUUUCCUCCUCCGCUGCCUGCCUUUACUCCUCCGCUGCCUGCCUUUCCUCCUCCGCUGCCUGCCUUUCCUCCUCCGCUGCCUGCCUUUCCUCCUCCGCUGCCUGCCUUUCCUCCUCCGCUGCCUGCCUUUCCUCCUCCGCUGCCUGCCUUUCCUCCUCCGCUGCCUGCCUUUACUCCUCCGCUGCCUGCCUUUCCUCCUCCGCUGCCUGCCUUUCCUCCUCCGCUGCCUGCCUUUCCUCCUCCGCUGCCUGCCUUUCCUCCUCCGCUGCCUGCCUUUCCUCCUCCGCUGCCUGCCUUUCCUCCUCCGCUGCCUGCCUUUACUCCUCCGCUGCCUGCCUUUCCUCCUCCUCUGCCUGCCUUUCCUCCUCCGCUGCCUGCCUUUCCUCCUCCGCUGCCUGCCUUUCCUCCUCCGCUGCCUGCCUUUCCUCCUCCGCUGCCUGCCUUUCCUCCUCCGCUGCCUGCCUUUCCUCCUCCGCUGCCUGCCUUUACUCCUCCGCUGCCUGCCUUUCCUCCUCCGCUGCCUGCCUUUCCUCCUCCGCUGCCUGCCUUUCCUCCUCCGCUGCCUGCCUUUCCUCCUCCGCUGCCUGCCUUUCCUCCUCCGCUGCCUGCCUUUCCUCCUCCGCUGCCUGCCUUUACUCCUCCGCUGCCUGCCUUUCCUCCUCCGCUGCCUGCCUUUCCUCCUCCGCUGCCUGCCUUUCCUCCUCCGCUGCCUGCCUUUCCUCCUCCGCUGCCUGCCUUUCCUCCUCCGCUGCCUGCCUUUCCUCCUCCGCUGCCUGCCUUUCCUCCUCCGCUGCCUGCCUUUACUCCUCCGCUGCCUGCCUUUCCUCCUCCGCUGCCUGCCUUUCCUCCUCCGCUGCCUGCCUUUCCUCCUCCGCUGCCUGCCUUUCCUCCUCCGCUGCCUGCCUUUCCUCCUCCGCUGCCUGCCUUUCCUCCUCCGCUGCCUGCCUUUACUCCUCCGCUGCCUGCCUUUCCUCCUCCGCUGCCUGCCCCACGCGUUUUGGUAGUUUCGAUGCUCCUUUCCCAUCUGGCUCUAUUUCCUCGCACCUUCGUCCGCUGCCCCUGUAUCCGCUGCCCCUCAUCAUGCAUGCCGGGCCGGUCGCACACCCGCCACCAUCCCUCUCAUCUCCCUUCUUCCUCCCCCUUUUGCCCCCUUCCUUCUUUGGCCGCUUCCCCUUUUCCCCCUUGCGCCCUUGUCCCCUUCCCCCGACUUUUGCGGACGUGGCGCUGCCUCUGCUGGUGAAGCGAAGCCGGGUCCAACCUGCUGCAGCAGCAGCCGGCACUAGCGUGGGAGGAGGGGAGGCGUCACUGCGCGUGCUGUCUCCCAUCGACUACGUGCCGGCGGCGUGUGCGUCGUGGCGGCUCUCUCUGCUGAACGACCAGUCUGGGCUGUCUGAUGCCGUGCUGCGCUCCAUCCACGCGCCCACCCUGCUGGUAGGAGGACUCUUGACCAUGGUAGAGUAG